AUGGGUGCAUCAGGCUUAGGUUCUGCUUUAGCAAAUUGCAUUAAUCUCUCAAAUUUGACACUUUACCUUACUGGCAAUUAAAUUGGUGAUGAAGGUGCAUCAGGCUUAGGUUCUGCUUUAGCAAAUUGCAUUAAUCUCUCAAAUUUGACACUUGGCCUUACGCAUAAUUAAAUUGGUGAUGAAGGUGCAUCAGGCUUAGGUUCUGCUUUAGCAAAUUGCAUUAAUCUCUCAAAUUUGACACUUUACCUUAUGUAAAAACAGUUUAUUUGUUUUGGAUUGUGA